AUGCCACAAGAAGAACUGCUUCAAGCCUACACAGUGUUGAUGCCAAUAAUGGAUCCCGAUAUGAAGGACACAGGUCUUCGAUCGACAAAAAACGUCAUCGUGGUACCGCCUGACAAUCGAACGGCGGCAAUGUUUGUCCAGAAGGCGCGAUUUGCGCGCAAGUUGUGGAGCAUGGAUCCGUCAGCAUUUGGGAUGAUAGAGGGCUUUAGAGCAAUCAAACAAGGGGUGUUCUGGAAAAUUGAGUUCAAACAGGUUGCUAACCCAACCCAAGCUUGGAUGCAGAUAGCAAGAAUUUUCACGUGGCAGUGUGAAAAAGUGCUCAAUGAUGUCGAGGUAAUGGAUACGCUUCGAAAAAUGCAGUUUGACGUUGGUAUAGCUGAAGCGUUUGAUAUGUGUGGA